GCAGCCAUUAUAGGGUGGAGUUUGUACCACCUAGACUCACUCAAUGGGCACCGGGCCCUAUUCUGGGGUGCCAGAACUGGUACACUGAGUGCCGUGAAAAUGGCUAUUGCUCACGGAGCAGGCCCCCUUAGUCCCGUCAUUGACUCUGAUUAUGACUUUGGAGCUACACUCAACAGAGAGACUGCCCUAAGUAUUGCAAUCGAUAACAACAAGAUCGAGGUUGUGCGAUAUCUUCUCCAGGGCUGCCACCCAAUCGAAAACGUCUGGGCCCAGAAGAGCUACCUUCUUCACUCGGUCAAGUGUCCCAAGCUGAUGGAGGUCCUUCUCGCCGGAGGGUUUUCCAAUGGAGUCAAUACCUUGGGCAAGAUCGAUACAUGGGACGACGACGUGACCCCGUUGGUUGCGGCUAUUGAGCGAAAUCAUCCUGAAAGCACGAUUCGCACACUGCUGAAGUUUGGGGCCGAGCUCAACUCGCAGAACGUUUCUUCGACGCGUCCCAAUAUGUCUGCUUUCCAUAUUUGCCUCUGGACCGAUCGAGCUUCAGUGACAAAGAUACUGAUAGACCACAACGCAGAUGUCAACGAGGCAGAGGGACCGGAGCCGUUGUCAAAUACUCCUUUGGGUACCGUACUCCUACAGUGCCAAUCAGGAACGACCUGCGAUGAGAUCGUAGCCUCACUUCUGCGCAACGGAGCUAAUCCAAACCUGUCCACACGAGAACCAGGCGCUGGACUGAACCCCAUCAUGCUCGCUUCCUCCCCGGACGUUCUACCUAAGACGUUCGCACGUCUCCUCGCCAAAGGCGCUCGAGUUGAUGAAGAAGUACAAUCCGAACUUGAGCAGGUACUUUUCUCGGCGAAAACCGGUGUCCUGCGGUGGAGCUCCACGUCUCAGCGUCAGGCUGUGCAGAACACGAAUCAUAAGCUUCGAAUGCUUCGUCAACUUGGUCACAUUGCACUGCCAAUAGAGGCUGGAUCCUUGGAUCUAGAUCGGCCCAAGGCAGAUUAGCUAGCAACACGAGACCUCACCGUCAGCACAUAAUGCGACAAUAGAUU